UUGUAAACAAAACAUUCUUCAACUUUAAAUACUUAAAUAAAAAAUGUUGAAAAGCUUAGGAACAAUUUCAUCAAAACUCAUUAAAAUGACACCUGUAAAGCUAUGAAAGGUGGCCUGUGCCUAAACAAUAUAUAUAUAAUCUGAUCUCCUUCCCAUGAAUCUGACUCAUGAUAAUCAGAUUUAGUCUACCUUUGUUGCCUAGAACGCAGCUCCUAACAUAUUCACGUUUGUUCGAGAAUUGUUAUCACAAAUCAGGCUUAUCAAAAUAUGAUUGGAUACCUCCUGUUUCUGGUAUUCUUUCUAAAUCAAGUAAUUUUUCAACAUGGAAACUGAUUACUCCUGUUGUAUCUCAACUGCAUAUUAAUAUGCAACCUUCUUGCUCUACUCAGAAUUCAUCAGCUAGAUCUCUUUUAGCUGUCAACAAUCUAAAUGCAAAUCCAACAAGAAAUGUUACAAACUAUUCUUUAAAAACUGGCAAGAAGAAAUCUGUUAAUGCUGUCCUAGCCAGGUUUUUUCGCUUGCACAAUGGCCUUUGGAUUCGUCGCAGAGCUGGAUGUCACAAGCGACUCCACAAAAGGAACCAUAGAGACAAAUAUAAUUUAACACAGCAUGUAGUUUGUACUAAAACUCAAUGCCUGAUGUUGGAUCGGAUGAUAACAAACUAUUGGAAGAAACCUAAAUAUUUCUUAGAUGAUCCCUUUGAACCUUACCAUAAAAGAAAUAAUUUCGAUUAUGUUUAUCCUUAUAGACCACUGAAAUAAUGUUUUGGAACAUUUUCUCUGUAAUGUAUUCUUAUUUUGAAAAAUAAAAUUUAUUGUAGAUAUAAUCAUCUCAA